UUGAUCAAGUCCUGGAUUAAGGAGAAUAUCAAAAAGAAGGAGUGCUGCUUCUACAUGCAGACUGAGAGAGAGGGCUUUUGCAAAUGUGGCUACCCCAAAGACCACCAUGUGGUGGCGACCAUCGUGCCAGAGAGGUUUCUGGGACAGUCCUGGGAGGGAGAGAAGCACAUGCGCGAGGUUCCCACCGACGCCUUUGGAGGUAUCGACUUCGGAGGCCUCGGCCUAAACAAGGCCAAGUAUGUACGCAUCUCCUCAGACACCCCCUCCCAUGUUUUGUACCACCUGAUUACGAAAUACUGGAAGCUCCGCCCCCCGAACCUGCUCAUCUCAGUCACAGGUGGGGCCAAGAACUUCUACAUGAGGACACACCUGAAGCAGAAGUUCCGUAGAGGACUCAUCAAAGUCGCCCAGAGCACAGGUGCCUGGAUCAUCACUGGGGGCACCCACACUGGGGUGAUGAAGCAUGUGGGGAUGGCCGUGCGUGACUACACCCUCAAUAGCAGCUCUGCCCGGGGGGAGAUCGUGGCAUUCGGGGUGGCCCCCUGGGGAACCGUACACAAACGCCAGUCCCUCGUACACCCUGAGGGCUGUUUCCCUGCCCACUACACAGUGGACGAACAGAGCAAGGGCCGGCUCUCCUGCCUAGACAGCAACCACUCGCACUUCCUGCUGGUGGACGACGGCACGCAUGGCCACUACGGCGUGGAGAUCGACCUGCGCAGCCGCCUGGAGAAGUUCAUCGCAGAGCAGCCCCUGGGAAACCGACUCAGGCAAAAUCAAAAAAGUCAUUUGAAGAUCCCUGCUGUGUGCAUGUUAUUGAAUGGAGGACAGGACGAUCUGAAUACCAUCUACAGUGCCAUGCUGAGCGGCACCCCGUGUGUGGUUCUGGAGGGCUCGGGCCGGAUGGCAGACGUGAUCGCUAACGUGGCCGGGAAGCCCGUAUCACAGGUCACCCUGGCUCUGAUCCAGAGGCACAUGAAGAGGUUCUUUGGACAGGAGUACAAUGACUUCUCUGACAUCAAAUGGGCUAAAAAGAUCCAGGACAUCAUCAGGAUGCCACAUCUCCUGACCGUGUUCCACGUGGAUGAGGACAAGAACAGCGAUAUGGACGUAGCCAUUCUCCAGGCCUACCUGAAAGCGUCCAGGAGUGAGGAAAACGCAGGGCAGAGGGGCUUGGAGAGGGAGCUGGAGCUGGCCGUGGCCUGGAACCGUGUGGACAUUGCUGAGAGCGAAAUCUUGACAGAGGAGAGCCAGUGGCAGUCGGGCGACCUGCACAAGGCCAUUCUCGCCCUGGUGGGCCACAAGUCGGAGUUUGUGCGGCUGCUGCUGGAGAACGGCGUCAGCAUCCCCCAGUUCCUGUCUGGGGACAAGAUGCUGCUCAAGCUCUACAACGCUAUGCCCAGCUGCCUCUUCCGGCGCAAGCUGGUCAAGCAGAUGCAGGGCAACAAGGGCGGGCGGAGGCAGGUGUCUCUGGCAGCGGUGGCUGAGGUGGUGCGCCAGCUACUAGGCAGCUUCACCCAGCCCAUUUACUCUCCCUCGCACGAGUUUAUCAAGAUGGUCGACGACAACCCUGUGAUUAGAGACCCUGGGAGAGACUUCUUCCUGUGGGCCGUUCUGCAGAAUAACAGAGAGCUGGCCCAGAUUGCCUGGGAACAGUGUAGAGACAGCACGGCUGCUGCUUUGGCAGCCAGCAAAAUUCUGAAAAAGCUGGCACAGGAGUCUGAGAAUGAUGACGAAGAUGAUGCCAAUGACUUGAGACAACUUGCCAACCACUAUGAGAGACAGGCCAUUGGUGUGUUCAGUCAGUGCCAUAGCAAAGAUGACCAGCAGCUACUCCAGAGACUUCUGAUCCGAAUUUCACCAUCCUGGGGCAAAACCACAUGUCUUCAAUUGGCAGUGGAGGCGGAAGACAAGAGCUUUGUGGCACAUUCAGGGGUUCAGGCUUAUCUCACCCAGAUCUGGUGUGGAGAGCUGGCUCUGGACACCCCUCAGUGGAAGAUAUUUCUCUGCAUGCUGUUCUUUCCACUCAUCUACACAGGCUUCAUAACCUAUAGAUGUGACGAGGACAUUAAAAAGGAGGCCAUGAGGAAGGAGAUGUUGGCAAUGGAGUCUGAGACAGGAAGUUGGACCGAUAUCAGCGAUCCUCAGGACAGUGACGAGCUGAAGCCGCUGAGCUGCCGAGCCAGACUGGGGAGCUUCUACGCAGCCCCACAGGUGAAGUUCUUCUGGAACCUCGCCUCCUACUUUGGGUUCCUGUUCCUAUUCUCUUUUGUGCUGAUGGUCGACUUCCAGCCCACGCCAUCACUGAGUGAGUGGCUGCUCUACGUCUGGGUUACCUCUUUAGUGUUUGAGGAGGUCAGACAGCUUUUUGAUGAUCCGGAUGGAUUUGAGUUCCAAAGGAAAUCCAAGAUGUAUAUUAUUGACAUGGUUUCCUUCCUGCUCUUCAUCGCUGGUCUUGCCUGCAGAUGGAUCAGCAGUACAUUUUACAUGGGAAAGGUCAUCCUCUGCAUCGACUUCAUUUUUUUCUUUCUGCGACUGAUUGGCAUCUUUACCAUCAGCAAAGUCCUGGGCCCAAAAAUCCUCAUUAUCAAAAGGAUGAUGGUGGACCUGUUCCUCUUCAUGUCCCUGCUCAGUAUCUGGGUGGUCGCCUACGGGGUGGCUAACCAGGGCAUUCAGAUUCACAACGAGAAGAGACUGCACUGGAUAAUCAGAGGAGCUGUGUAUGAUCCCUACCUCCUCAUAUUCGGCAAUGUCCCAACCGACAUCGACAGUGCUGAGUUUGACAUAUCCACAUGCACUGUGAAUGGCACCGACCCCCUGCUACCAAAAUGCCCUGUGCUCAAUGCCAAUCAAAUGCCAGGCUAUCCCGAGUGGCUGACCACCAUCUUGCUGUCUGUUUACCUUCUCCUUGCCAACCUUAUGCUCAUCAACGUCCGCAUUGCCAUCUUCAACCAAGCAUUUCAUGCGGUGCAGGAAAACAGCGACACAUUCUGGAAGUUCGAGAGGUACGAGCUGAUUAAGGAGUUCCACAGUCGCCCGGCUCCGCCCCCUCCCUUCAUCCUCCUCAGCCACCUCUACCUCCUGCUCAGGCGCUUCAUAAUGUGCUGCCACCCGCAGGGGAGGAAGCAGUUGUCUGAAACUGAGGAGGAGGAUUUGAUGUCAAGGGAGGGUUUCAUGAAGGAUAAGUACUUGGCCACCCAGCAUCCGGAGAGGAGUGAGAGCAUGGAACACCGCAUGGUUCAGCUGGAGGAACAGGUCUCCCAGUCCGCUAAAGCACUGCAAUGGAUGAUAUACACCCUAAAAGCCCAAGGUUACCAAUCUAAAGAGGAGCCGCCUUCUAUGUCUAGGAGCACAGAGAGUAAAAGAGAUGAGGAUGAGAUUGACGGCGAUCCAGAGAGGAGACAGUACCACUUCCACGCCCAAAGGUCCUUGUGCAGGGGCGCAGGAGAUAUUUUCAAAGUGAAAGGGACCAAAUUGUGAGCAAAAACCCAGAUAGUGAAAUCCGGCCUCCAGAUAUAGGACCACCACCUCUGACCCACUGUCGACUAUCAUAAUAUUUUGUCAGAAUAUUAAGAUAAUAACAUUAACUGUUUUCAAAAUAUGUUUUCAUCAAAAUUGUCAAAACUGGA